AUGAAGGAUGAUGGAGAACUUGUUUCGAUGGUACUAGACGAAAAUCCUAAUUUUGGUCCUGCAGAAUAUUCUUCCGAAAACAAUGAUAAUUUUAAUGGAAUUGAUAUGUCAACUAUUCCUAUCAACUCACUUAUCACUAGUAAUGAGUGGCAAAUGAGAAUGUAUGGUUACAAAAAGGCAAUAAAGGAAAUAGAAUCGAUAAAUAUUUGCGAAUUUGAAGACCUUUUUAUUAAGAGUAUUGUUAAUGAUAAAAAUAUCUCUUCUCAGAAUCUGGGAAUAAAAUUAUUGACAAUUAGUAUUCAACAUUUUGGUUUAAAAAUCAAUAAUUUGCCGACAAUCUGGAAAGAGAAUAUUUCUGAAAUGCUAAUUAAAAAAACUCUGAUUAAUUCAAAAACAUCAUGCUCAUCGAUGAAUUUAGCAUUUUCAUUUUUUGAACAGUCAUUAUUAAUCGAAAAUGGUGACUUAAAUAAAGUUGAUUAUUUAUGGAAUGAAAUGAUAGAUUUUAUUAAUAACAAUAGAAAAUCAAAAGGAAUUGUAAUAAAACAAAUUCUCGGUGUUGUGAAAUUAUUUUGUAGUUUUAUAGAAAAUUAUGGAGUUGAAUUUUCUCCUAUUGUAAAGUGGUCAAAAGCUAUAAUUCCUUUAGUUACCGACUGUAACGAUAAAAGUACAAAGGAUUGUGUUUACGAAAUUCUUUCUAUGAUAAAUCAAGAAUCAUCUUUGAUGGAAUAUAUUUCUUCUAAUUUAACGCCUUUACAAUUAAAGGAAGUGCAAAAACGAUCAAUAGAAUUGGACGAAAAAAAAAAUAAAGAACCAAUCAGAAAUGAUUUCGUUAAAGAAAUUAAAUCUAGAUUUAAUUCAAAUAUAAUUAAUACUGCGGUUUUUAAAGAGAAUGAAAAUUCAAUUGACAGUUUCGAUCUGAUUGAGCCUGUUGAUGUAACAAAACUGCUUCCUUCUAACUGGCUUGAAGUUAUUUCAGAUAAAAAAAUUAAAUGGAAUGAAAGAAAAUUAAUCAUAGAUCAGUUUUCAAAGCUAUGUGAAAUUCACAAGAAGUUAUCUAUCAAUCAAAAUGAUAGUAAAGCUAAUAUUUCUCAUAACAAUAAAAAGAAUAUUGCUCCAUCUAUUACUGAUUAUCAGAAUUUGCUAAAUAUUCUACAGAGAAUAAUCAAAUGUGAAGGAAAUACUGCAUUGAUUUUAUCUGUUAUUAGGCUUUGUUCAAAUCUAAUAAGUUGCCUUAGAGGGAAAGUCACAACAAUAGUCCGUCCUUUGACAACACAAAUAUUGACUAAAAUUAAGGAUCAGAAUAAAAUUGUGUGUACAGAAUCAAUAAAUUUCGUAAAUAUGGUUUUAAAAUUUUCAUUGAAUUUGGACCAAAUUUUUGAUGACUUGUAUAUUUAUGGUUAUAAAGAAAAAGUUACUACUGCAAAAUGUUCAGCUAUUUCAAUUUGUGACCACUUAAUAGAUGAAAUAAUUGAGAAUAAUAGUAUUCUGGAAAAACAUUCAAAAGGUUUAAAACAAUUGAUUAAUAUUAUUCCUUCAUGUUUUGAUGAUCCUUCAAUACAAGUUCGAUCUUCUGCUUCUGUUUUGCUCGUAAAGCUUAAAAAUCCAUGUUUUGGCGAAGAGUUUAAUACGAUUCUACAAAAAGUAAUUACGGGAUUACAUAUUAGUAAGCAAAAACUAAUAAAUGAAACGGAGAGAAAACUGGGAAUUCAUCUAUAUACAACAAAAGAUGAAAAUAACACAUAUACUAAAAACUUUCAUUCAAAAACCCUUUCACUAUCUAUUAAGACUACAAAUCCUCCACCAAAUUCAACUAUUACAACACCAAAUAAUGAAUCAACAAAAUCAAAUAGAAACUCCAUACCUAAAAUUGGGAUCUACAAGCAAAUCGAAACACAAAAUAAAGGCUCAAUUAAUAUUGAGAGGCUUGAAAAUACUAACAAUAAUCAAUUAUUUCCCAUCCAAAAUGUAGGUGGUCUUUCCAAAUCAGAUGGAAAGACGAUUUCUAAUAGUAAAUCUACUGAAGGUUCAAAUGAAAUGGUUAAUGAAAGCAAAAUUCAUAAUUCAGAGACUUUACCAACUAUUUUGAAUUCAAUUUCAUCAACAGAUGACAAGAAGAUUAAUUUUUUUGAAAGGCUGUCGAAUAAAAGACCGUUGAAUUUGCAGACUUCCACCAAGUUGGAAAAACAAAAUUUCUAUUAUAUUGACCCAACAGAUUGUAGAAAUUUUAUUGUCAAUCUUCCCGAAGCUGAAAUUAUAUUUGAAACACAUGAAACAGAUUUAUUAUCUUUAAAAAACUAUAUUAAACCUUUUAUUUCGGAUCAAAUAUUUAUCAAUAUGUUUUCUAAUGAUAAUAUUCAAAUAGACUUUUCUAUAUCUUUUUGGGAAAGAUUUUGUAAUUUUUUAAGAAAAUCAAGGAGCACAAAAUUUACUCUUUUCUAUUUUUUUUUCAGAUGGAUUUCAUAUAACAUUGAGAUGGAAAUAGCAGCGAAUUAUGAACGUAUUAUUGUUUCUCUAAUAAACGUCUUUUCAUUGCAGGGCAGAGAGUAUUAUCUCAAAUAUAACUCUAGCAUGAUUUAUAACAUUAUUGCGAUUGUAAUUAAUAUAAUUAUUAAGGAAAUUCAAAUUUUUGAUAAAUCAAAUAUACUAUCUGACUAUGAAAUUGCAAAAUACGAAAAGAUUGUUUUUUUGAUAAUGGAAAAGGGCUCUAUUUCAAAUCCUUAUUAUGAAGAGGAAAAAAAGCAGGAAUCAUUUAAUCUAUUAACUAAUACUUCAUUUUUAAUGAAUACAAUUAUUAAUUCUUCAUUAGAAAAAUUAGAAAAAUUUGAUAAAAAAAUAAACUUAAUAAAUAACCACUUAAAUAUUUUAAAUAACUCAUCAAAUUUCCUCAAGAAUUAUGGCAUUUCUAAUAUUCAUUCAUUAAUUCAUUUUAUGGAAAAAAACUUAUCAAACAUUGAAAUUUAUGAAUCUACAAAAAAAAUUCUUUCAAGAAUUUCAAAUAAUAUUGGAAUAAAACUUUGGAAUACAUUAUUAAUGUAUUUUCCAGAUAUUCCGGUUGAUAAAUAUUACAUUAAAAACAUUUCUGAGCCAUUAAGUAAUAAAAUCGAUUCCAAUUUAUUAAUUAUUAAUUCCUUAGAGUAUGAGACUAUUAAACUGUUUAAUAUUAUUGGUUCCACAGGAAACCCUAAAGACACUGGUGUUCUUCUAUAUAACAAUAUAUUAAUCAUUUUGACAAAAAUCAUGACAAAUUUGGACAUAAUAAAUAAUAAAUUGAACUAUAUUUUGGAAAAUAAUCAUGAAAUUGCAAGGGCAAUUGUAGAUAAUAAUUUCUUAAAUUCUUUGUUAAUAGAACAUAUUAUUUACUUUUCGGAGAUAUCAAUACACAUAUAUUUUUUAUUGACCAAGUUAGAGGCAAAUAAAUAUAAUAUGAUAAAUAAAAUUCUUAAGCUUGAACGAACUGGAGAGUUAUUUUUCAAAGCAAUUGAACAUUUGGAUAAGUUUACUAGUAUAUUUCAAACUGUUGUGAUAAAAGAGGAAUUUCCAAUAAAAGAAUUAAUGGCCAACACACUAUUCAUAAUGAGCAAUUAUUUAUUUUGGAAAGAAUACAUAAAUGAUGAAAACCAAAAGGUCAAGUUAGUAAAUUCGCUCAAUAAUAUAAUGGGAGUAAAUAUAAUUUUGUCAUUCCAAAAAGAAUUACCGAGAUUAGUAAAUAUAAUAAUAGAAGUAAUGUUAUUUGGAAUUAAGCCAAACAAUUGUACAAUUUUUGACCACGAUUUGUUGAAUAGAUUAUUACCAAAGGUCUUAAGGAGGAUGAAAGUUUAUUUAUCUAAUAAUAAUAUUAGUGAUGUUCAGAUUAAAAACAUCAAUCAUUGUUUUGAACUCAUGAAUAAUACAGAAAUCAAUUCAGAUUCUCACGAAUUAAUAAUUAUUGAUUUCGCACUAGAUUAUUUAUCAUUAUUACUGGAGAGUGGAUUGGAUAUUCAAAAUUAUGAAGGAUGCAAACUUUUUUUGAGUAAAAUAUCUAACAAAUCAAAUAAAGAUAAUUUUCAAGACAAGAUUAGAAAAAUAAAAUUACUAACUUGA